AUGAGAGCAGUAACAAUAUUGGGAUUAUUAGCGACCACAGUUGCUCUGACGAAUGCCUUCGGUAUUGGAUUAAAUAGCAAUCUUGGAGGUUUCGGUGGUGGUUUAAAUAUUGGCGGAAUUGGAACUGCUAAUGCGGGAUUAUUCGGAUCUGGUGUCACAGCAGGUCUUAGCGGUUCUAAGGGCUCUGCUGGAAUUGGAGCUAAUCUUGGUGGUUUAAGUGGAAACAUUGGCGGAUCAAAAGGCUCUGCUGGAAUUGGUGCAAAUUUUGGAGGUGUCGACGCUGGUUUAAAUAUUGGCGGUUCGAAGGGAUCUUCUGGCAUCGGAGCUAGUCUUGGUGGUCUAAGUGGAAAUAUUGGCACUUCUUACAGCUCUAAGGACUCUGCUGGCGUUGGUGCUAAUAUUGGUGGUUUAAGCGGUAAUAUCGCUGCAGCGGGAAACAAAGAUAUUAGUGGAAGUUCUAAGGGCUCUGGUGGCAUCGGAGCAAGUCUUAGCGGGUUAGGUGGAAAUAUUGGUAUUUCUCACAGUUCUAAGGGUACUGCUGGUACUUCCGGAAAGAAAGACAUUAGUGGAAGUUAUAAGGGCUCUGCUGGCAUCGGAGCUAGUCUUGGUGGUCUAAGUGGAAAUAUUGGCACUUCGCACAGCUCAAAGGAUUCUGUACGCGUUGGAACUAUUGCAGCAGCCGGAAACAAAGAUAUUAGUGGAAGUUCUAAGGGCUCUGCUGCCAUCGGAGCUAGUCUUGGUGGUGUAAGUGGAAAUAUUGGCACUUAUCACAGCUCAAAGGACUCUGCAGGCGUUGAAGCUAAUAUUGGUGGUUUAAGCGGUAAUAUUGCUGCAGCCGGAAACAAAGAUAUAAGUGGAAGUUCUAAGGGCUCUGCUGGCAUCGGAGCAAGUCUCAGCGGGUUAGGUGGAAAUAUUGCUAUUUCUCACAGUUCUAAGGGUACUGCUGGUACUUCCGGAAAGAAAGACAUUAGUGGAAGUUAUAAAGGCUCUGCUGGCAUCGGAGCUAGUCUUGGUGGUGUAAGUGGAAAUAUUGGCACUUCUCACAGCUCUAAGGACUCUGCAGGCGUUGGAGCUAUUGCUGCAGCCGGAAACAAGGAUAUUAGUGGAAGUUAUAAAGGCUCUGCUGGCAUCGGAGCUAGUCUUGGUGGUGUAAGUGGAAAUAUUGGCACUUCUCACAGCUCUAAGGACUCUGCAGGCGUUGAAGCUAAUAUUGGUGGUUUAAGCGGUAAUAUUGCUGCAGCCGGAAACAAAGAUAUUAGUGGAAGUUCUAAGGGCUCUGCUGGCAUCGGAGCAAGUCUCAGCGGGUUAAGUGGAAAUAUUGGUAUUUCUCACAGUUCUAAGGGUACUGCUGGUACUUCCGGAAAGAAAGACAUUAGUGGAAGUUAUAAAGGCUCUGCUGGCAUCGGAGCUAGUCUUGGUGGUGCGUUGGAGCUAAUAUUGAAGCGGUAUAUUGCUGCAGCCGGAAACAAAGAUAUUAGUGGAAGUUCUAAGGGCUCUGCUGGCAUCGGAGCAAGUCUCAGCGGGUUAAGUGGAAAUAUUGGAAUUUCUCACAGUUCUAAGGGUACUGCUGGUACUUCCGGAAAAAAAGGCAUUAGUGGAAGUUAUAAAGGUUCUGCUGGUAUCGGAGCUAGUCUUGGUGGUGUAAGUGGAAAUAUUGGCACUUCUCACAGCUCUAAGGACUCUGCAGGCGUUGAAGCUAAUAUUGGUGGUUUAAGCGGUAAUAUUGCUGCAGCCGGAAACAAAGAUAUUAGUGGAAGUUCUAAGGGCUCUGCUGGCAUCGGAGCAAGUCUCAGCGGGUUAAGUGGAAAUAUUGGUAUUUCUCACAGUUCUAAGGGUACUGCUGGUACUUCCGGAAAGAAAGACAUUAGUGGAAGUUAUAAAGGCUCUGCUGGCAUCGGAGCUAGUCUUGGUGGUGUAAGUGGAAAUAUUGGCACUUCUCACAGCUCUAAGGACUCUGCAGGCGUUGGAGCUAAUAUCGGUGGUUUAAGCGGUAAUAUUGCUGCAGCCGGAAACAAAGAUAUUAGUGGAAGUUCUAAGGGCUCUGCUGGCAUCGGAGCAAGUCUCAGCGGGUUAAGUGGAAAUAUUGAUAUUUCUCACAGUUCUAAGGGUACUGCUGGUACUUCCGAAAAGAAAGGCGUUAGUGGAAGUUAUAAAGGCUCUGCUGGUAUCAGAGCUAGUCUUGGUGGUGUAAGUGGAAAUAUUGGCACUUCUCACAGCUCUAAGGACUCUGCAAGCGUUGGAGCUAUUGCUGCAGCCGGAAACAAAGAUAUUAGUGGAAGUUCUAAGGGCUCUGCUGGCAUCGGAAUUGCUUCAGGAAUUAAUUCCGCUUCAGGUCAUGCUAUCGCAGCUGGCGGAGUUCAUGGUUCAGCUGUAUCCAAUGCCCAUAUUGGCGCCUCAUCUGGCUCUGCAUCUGCUACUCAUGCGAAUAUAAAUGCUCAGGGUAACAAAUAUGGCGCCGGGUCAGGUUCAUCAUCUUCAGGAGUAUCCGCAGGUGUCAAUGGAAAUGCUCAUGUCUCCACUGUUGGAAGCAACGAUGGAUCCUACCACGGUGGAAUCUCUGGUAGUAAAGGAAGUUAUUCUGGAUCUUAUCAUGUAGCCACCACAGUCAAGAAAGGAUCUAACCGUGGAUCAUACCACGGUGGAAUUUCUGGUAAUCGUAAAGGUGGAGCCACCGGCAAUGUGCAAAAUAGCGUCCGCGGAACCGGUUCUGUUGGUUCUGCUCAUGUUUCCACAAGCUCCACCACUAACGUUCAAGGAAUUGCCACUGGAAUAAAAUCCGGUUCAGGUCAUGCUGUCGCAGCUACCGGAGUUCAUGGUGCCUCAUCUGGAUCUGCAUCGGCAACUCAUGCGAAUGUAAAUGUCCAUGGUUCGUCGACAUCAAUGGGAUCUGGUUCAGUUAAUGGUGCCCUAACAGGUAUUGGCUCCAAAGGUCCUAGCGGAAAUGUUCAUGGAAACAAAUAUGGUGCCGCUUUGGGUUCAGUGACAGCCAAUCAUGGUGCUAAUAUCAAUGUAGCAGGCGCAAAAUCUGAAUCGACUUCUCAAGAGACAAUUUCUGCCAGUGAUGCUGCAUCCACCUCAAAAUCCGUCUCCGUUAAAGCAACAGCUUCUCACACCAAAAGUGAAUCGCAUUUAGUGUCUGCUUUAGAAUCUGCCUCUCUGGCCAGUGGCAUUGCAUCUGGCCUAGCUUCGACCGUCGGUCACGACGUUGGAUCUACUUCUACUCAAGGAUCUGUUGUUGCCAAUGGUAGUGGUUCGAUUACUGUCAGUGGUUCCGGUACAACUCUUAAUAGUGGUUAUGAUGCUGCAUCCGCCUCCGGCGCCAUCAAAGGCUCUACUGGGUCUAAAUCAAUUCAUGGAGCGGUUACUGUAGGUGGUUCUGCUACAGCUGUUGGAUCCACAAAUGACCAAACUACAGUUGGUUCCCUUGAUGUUAAGGCGCCAAGCAUUGCAUCCAUUCCUGCAUCUGUGGGUCAUACUACGACAACUAUUCAUACUUCUGGAUCUAAAGUUGGUAAUAUUGGUUCAGCAGCACAUGGUGGAUUGAAUGCUGGUCUUGGACUCAAUGGAGGUUAUGGUGCUUCAAAUGGUGUUAAAAUUACCUCCGGUGCUUCUACACACAAAGUUGGUUACACCAGCAGUGGUGAUUUCUCAGUUGGUCAUCUUCCAACCAACAUUCUCGGCACAAAAAAUGGCGGUUAUAGUAUUACCACCAGUAAUGUUGGCAGUGCCUCAACCGGUUUCAGUGGACCAUCGGUUUCAAUUGCCUCCAACGGCCAUGGUUCAAAAAAUGCUGAUGUUGGUUUAAAUAUUGGUGGCCUCUCGGCUUCCAUUGGCGGUGCUAACAUACAUGGAUCUACUGGCUCCAAUAACCAUGGUCUUGGUCUCUCAGCAAAUUUGGGUGGCCUUUCUGGUGGUUUUGGACUUUUUGGUAGAUAA